UUGUGCUACGAUGCCACACUUUACGUUUAUGUAAUUUCAGAAGUGCGUCAUGCCAUUCUUUAUGAAAAAUUUCCCAACUUUUUAAUGCAUCUCUUCUAGAUUUGGAACAAAAAUCAAUUUAGUAUUCGCGCAGUUACUAGUAUGAAUACGUUGUUGUGAUUGUCAUUUUAAAAUUGUUGCCUUCGCUUCAGUAUACUUGAGGUUGAGGCAGAGGCGCAGAGCUUGAGGUUAAAAGCGGGCAAGCGCUCAACAGAUAUUUGGAGAGGCGUUGACACGUUGUAAACUGUUGAUUCUGGAACCACCUGCAAUUAACAAUUUAGCGUCAAUUAUACAUCAUUUUGGAGAGUGGCAAAUUAGAAGAUGUCUGCACUUAACAGCCUUUUCUCAUUUACAAGCCCAGCAGUGAAAAAGUUGCUUGGUUGGAAACAAGGAGAUGAAGAAGAAAAAUGGGCUGAAAAAGCUGUUGACUCCUUGGUAAAAAAAUUGAAAAAGAAGAAGGGUGCCAUAGAAGAGUUGGAGAAAGCACUUAGUUGUCCUGGACAACCGAGUAAAUGUGUUACUAUUCCAAGAAGUUUAGAUGGUAGAUUACAGGUUUCACACAGGAAAGGUUUGCCUCAUGUGAUCUACUGCCGUGUGUGGCGUUGGCCUGAUUUGCAAUCUCAUCAUGAAUUAAAACCCUUAGAAAUCUGUGAAUAUCCAUUUUCCUCUAAGCAAAAGGAAGUUUGCAUUAAUCCUUAUCAUUACAAAAGAGUUGAAAGUCCAGUGCUUCCACCUGUUCUUGUGCCAAGACAUUCAGAAUUUGCUCCCGGACAUUCACUUUUACCUUUUCAACAGCUACCUGAACCAGCAAUGCCUCAUAAUGUCUCUUACUCAGCUCAUGGUUUUGGAAACCAAUCUGUUGGCUUAACUCAAGCACCUGGACCUUCAAGCACUAAAAGUAUGGAGAGGCCUGUGACAAGUGCAUUAAGUACCCUUUCUGUUAGUCCCAAUCCUACGUCGCCCAUGAGCAAUGUUUCAAGUCCUGCCCCAAACAGCCCUUACAACAGUUUACCAGCUGAAACUCCACCACCAGCCUACAGUCCCCAUGAUGAAAAUGCUUCAUCCCAGGAACCCAUGGAUACAACACAGGGACCAGUGGGAGACCUUGCUCCUGUGGCUUACCAAGAACCCAUAUAUUGGUGCAGCAUUGCUUAUUAUGAAUUGAACUCUCGAGUUGGCGAAGUAUUCCACGCCCAAUCUCAUUCAAUAAUUGUUGAUGGAUUUACAAAUCCUGAUAACAAAUCUGAUCGUUUCUGUCUUGGUCAACUCUCGAAUGUCAAUCGUAACUCAACCAUCGAAAAUACGCGCCGUCAUAUUGGCAAAGGUGUUCACUUGUAUUACGUUGGAGGUGAAGUUUAUGCCGAAUGUCUAUCCGACUCUGCUAUAUUUGUUCAGUCACGUAAUUGCAAUCACCAUCAUGGAUUUCAUCCCACAACUGUAUGCAAGAUUCCUCCUGGAUGUUCCCUUAAAAUAUUCAACAACCAGGAAUUUGCUCAGCUUCUGUCACAAUCAGUCAAUCAUGGUUUUGAAGCAGUCUAUGAGCUCACCAAAAUGUGCACAAUAAGGAUGUCGUUCGUCAAAGGGUGGGGUGCCGAAUAUCACCGUCAAGAUGUUACAAGUACGCCAUGCUGGAUAGAAAUUCAUCUUCAUGGACCAUUGCAAUGGCUGGAUAAAGUUCUCACUCAAAUGGGCUCACCGCACAAUCCUAUUUCAUCUGUCUCAUAAGGCUUUCAACCUGCAUCGUGUUUUAUCAUGGGAAUUAUUUUGUUUAUCAACGACAAUCUACGGUAAUAAGCAAGGCUGCGUCAGUGUGAGACGAACGUAGAUAUGUGGCAGCCUUGUUGCGGAUAUAUUUCAAUGCCGAUAGUCUAUUUUUCACUGUUGAACAAUUCACACAUCAAUAUUAAAUUGUGAGUAAAUUUUGCUUUCACCUCCCUUUAAUGUAAACUGAAGGGAUGCUGCUUUUUUAUGUUAACUUCCUUUAGCGACAAGUUUUCGUGUUUUUCAUCUAUUCGGAUAGGGACACCAUUAUAACAUUAUGUGCCAUAUUCUCCGAGUUUGCUCAUUUGGAUUUGAAGAAAAUUCGAAGUGUGGGAUCCAACCACUUAAAAAGGGAAACAUCAAUUUUAAAACAACAUUCUUGCUGAUUGAUUUUUCAUGAGGGUGAAUGACAAUUCUUUGAUAAUGGUAGAGAUUCAUUAUGUGCUUUGACGUUCAAAAUUGUUCUUUAACUAUGUACUCGUACCAUUUUAUUAAUAAAUGACGAAAUCUUA